UUGAGCACAGAGGAGGGAAGACAACAGACGGUGAUCAUUUUCAUCGUAAUAUCAAGCUCGUUCUUCUAUAUUGACGCGCCUGACUGGACUGUGGACAAGCCCACCUUUGAUGCUGGAGGCCAAUGUAUAAAGCCGAGAUUCUUAAUUUAUAUGGCUGUCUGACCAACUUUGCAGAUGCCAACAUGCCUAAAAAUAGCCGCACCAGUUGGGAGCGGAUGCGAGAGGUAAAGCGUCAUGCACGUGCAGCUGAGUCAGUGGAGGCACAAGACGCACGCCGGGCCGACACUGCUGUACGCAUGGCAAACUUGAGAGCACAGGAAUCGCCGGCAAUGCGAGCAGCACGCCUGGCAAGCGGCGCUGCACACAUGGCUAGAAUGAGGGCAGAGGAAACGCCGGAGAUGCGUGCGGAGCGCCUGGCAAAUCAUGCUGCACGCAUGGCUAGAGUGAGAGCAGAGGAAGGACCGCAGAAGCGGGCGGAGCGCCUGGCAAGAAACGCGGCACGCAUGGCAAUCAUGAGGGCAGAGGAACCACCACAAGUGCGGUUGAUGCGCCUGGCAAGCAAUGCUGCGCGCAUGGCUAAAAUGAGGGCAGAGGAAACACCGCAGCAGCGGGCAAAGCGCCUAGCAAGAAAUGCUGCACGCAUGGCCAUGAUGAGGGCAGGGGGGCCACGGCAGGCGCGUUUUAUGCACAUGGCAAGCAACAAACUGCACACUCUUUGCCCAGAUCUACUUCCAUGAUCCUGACCUUGAGUUGAAGUCCCAUCACAUCCACAAACAGCAGUCUGACAAUUCUUGCUGAGAGCACAAGACGCCAUUCACGAGUGCAACUCCAAUGUGCAGCAGAUCAAGACAGACAUUGAAUAUGUGGCCCAGAAUAACAGUGUCAAUUAGCUUAUAUCGAGCCUCGCACACAAGAUAUCUGGGGCUGUCAUUGCUCCAGGAGCAACAGUGACAGCAGUUUGGAAAGCUGACUAUCACUCUAAACCUCAGAGGAGGAAGACUUCAGACUUCAUGCAGCGUAUGAGCCAUUAUCAUGUGACAGAUCCACCCACAGGUGACCAGGUCUUUUCUGUUAGGCCCCCACCGUCUUGAGCAACCUCCCUGAGGAGAUCAGCUUCUUAUCCUCCUUUAAAUCCCAGAGUGUGCUUUCACAGGGUUUGUGGCCUGAAUUCGUUUUUAAGUUAUUUCUUAAAACCAGUUUAUAUACAAAGACAUUCUCUUAACUUUUUUAUUGAUUUAAUGAUUAUUGGGAAUAAUAGGAUUAAAAGUAAAAGAGAGUGGAAAAAGGAUAAACAAAAGAAAUAGAUGAGAGGUUUUGUACUCACCUGUGUUUAUAUGGAUCUUAGCAGGAGUAUUUGGCCCUCGUCUGUAUUGCACCUCCCUGGGAUGUAAUAGCUUAUCUAAAACAGUCAACAUAAAUAAAAACAGAAAACACUUAACUGUAAUAUCAACUGAACUUGACGAAUGUGCUGCUUUAAUUUAGAAGAUCUGGAUGUCUCACCUCAUCAGCUGUCUCAUCCAGUGGAUUCUUUAAUAAGAGACGAGAUUGUCCUAAUGUUUCCAUUAUUAUGUGUAUCUCAUUUGAAAGACGUCACUGUGACCAAACUCCAGCGACUGAACUACCACUACCCUACAUUUCACUUUAACUUAAUAUAAUAGCAUUUCACAGUUAACUCUUCCAUCCAGCCCAAAUGACCGCUGUUAGCUCAUGAAAACCAGUGGCUGCCGCUUGUAUCACUCAGCCCAGAUGGUCGAUGGACGGCCGCUCCCAGGCCACAGUCUGCUGCUGAGUUAGGACAGAUCUAGUCAUGUGGGGACAAACCCCCGGAGCCAUUUCAUUAUAUAAUCCGGCGUGUACAACUGUUGUCUCUGUUAUGCAACACAGAAAGCAGAUGGAAACAGUAUCACAGCCCUGAUUGUAUGACUGUUGACGAUAAAACACAGUUCUUAAAUCGUAACUGACUGGAUUUCAGAUUUGACAGUCACAGCAUCAACCUUUUACCUUUUGAUAGCCAUCACGAUAUUAAAACAGUUAUCAAAGUCAAAUUUGGUAUUUGUAUGAAUGAAACAGAAACAGCAAGUCGAAGUAUGUAUUUGCUCCAAAGGGACAACAUACAGUCUUAAGCACACAGUAGUGAUAAAACUGCUUUAAGGACCUUUUUCGCUGCAGACAUUUUGAACUGUAAUAGUAGGAAAAGCGCAGGUGAAAUCGAUAACAUUAACGGUGGCUUAGUUACAACGCAGACAAUUUCAGGGCCUUCCGGAAGUGGGAUGCAGCUAUCACUAAUGAUAUUGAACACACCUGUGCUUUUCCUGCUAUGACAUGUCAAAAGGUCUGUUGUGAUGUUAGGCUCCUUCAAGCUGAACUGCGCCUCAUCUGGACUGCACACUAGACCAGGCAGCUGCAGCAGGGGGCCGCAACAAAAAUCUGCUAUCAAGUCGCACAGUUUUCUGACUUUUCCAGCAGCCUUCAGUCUGAAUAGGGAGUCACAGAAGCCCCCACUUUCUCUUCGAUUUGAUCCUGAUUCACUCAAAUCUUAUCAGAUCCUGAUAUCAGUGUGUUCACAGUCUCCAAUUAUUGUGAUUAUGACACAGUAACCUUUUAAAACAUUAUAUGGGGGACCUGUGAUUUCUGUUCAUGGUUCAACCUUCAUUUUACACAAAUUCUCAUAAACAUUUUUUGUAAUGUGUCCUUGUAAAUCAUGGAAAAAUCUUAAAAUCAUGUCAGUGAAAAUGUGUGUGAAACCUGAAUUUAAAUUGUAGACAUGUUUGAACCAGCACUUAUGUUUGUGUUUCUCUGCAGUGUACAGUAAAAAUACUGUAAAUGUUACAAUUUGUAGUUACAUUCAAGUAUAAACAUUUAACUGUUUUAACAAAUCUGUUCUUUGUAAAGAGAGAGAACAGCCCACAUCUGCAGCCCUAAAUAUGUUUACUUUUAUACCAGCUGUGGCCAGUUGUGAUCCAGUCUACAAAACACAUUGUUCUCUUUAUUUGUCCAGUAUUUAUUUUUGACCCACAUUACGGGUCUGACCUACUCAUUGUGACUGGUUGAAUUUUGAAUAAAAUUAGGGCUGUAAUGGUUACUUUAAUGUCGGCGUUGCUCCUCCUUUGUCGGAGAUGUGAAGAAACGCAUCCAAAUGCUGAUGCACAGCCGACAGCAUCACCUAGAUGUAGAGAUCACCAUGAUGAUAAAUGUUUGGAUGCUUUGAACGUUCAAAUAAAGCCAAGAUAAAACACACUUCCU